AUGAAUGAAAACAAAGAUGUAAACAUUGACGAUAAACUUGCCCAGAGCAUAGUUGAUGGCAUCUGUGAUUUUGAAGUACAUAAUGACGGUGGAAACAUGAAUUUAGAAAAAGAAGUUACAUUAUUCACACUGUUUCAAGCAAUUAAUUCGUUACCUAAUCAUUUAAUUAAUGAAGCAUACGAUAACGUUUAUAACUUCUGCAGUUUAACAGAAAAUGCAAAAAGUAAUUUUGAAAAAGCACGUGAUAGAUAUGCACAUUUAAUGACUUCUCCAUUUGUUUUAGUGAAGAUUCUAAAACUAUACCAAAAGGAAUAUUAUGAUGAAUAUGUUUUACCUUUAUUACGUAAGCCAAAAAUAACAUUUGAUAUAAAACUUGAUGAUUCAUUCUUGAUAACAGAUAUUAGACGCAAGGCUGAAAAUCAUCAGUAUAAAAACAGUUCUGAAGUAAUUGAGGAUUUAUCACGUGUAAUCCGUUUUGUAGAUUGUGGAAACAAAUACUUCAUUCAGAAAGAUUACAACAUACACGACAAAAUGAAUCAAAUAUCAUUCGUUCUUCAAUCAAACAUGAAAGAGUCACUCAAAAUGAUUAAAUUAUUUAAAGAAGAAGGUAAAACCAUAACAGCAUGGGACGUACUACUAAAUCAAUUAUCCUCAUUAACAGUUAAAGGUGUUUGCUUUAAAUCUGAUUCCCCAGAUGUUUUCUCAACGUUUCAGGGUUAUAAAUACAACAUUCUUGAAAAGCCUGAUUACUCAAAAAUUGAGAUGUUUAUGAAUUUCAUUAAAGAAGCCAUUUGUGAUAAUAACGAUGAAAUGUAUAAAUACCUUCUCGGCUGGAUUGCAUCAAUGAUUCAACAUCCUGGAAUCAAGAAUGAAACAGCAAUUAUUUUGAAAGGACUUCAGGGAACAGGUAAAAACAGAUUUACAGACAUUAUUUCUGAACUUCUCGCUGGUUAUUCAUGUAAAAACAUUACUGAAAUAAGUGAGCUAACGGGUAAUUUCAAUUCGGUUGUUGAAAAUAAAAUGUUUCUUGUACUUAAUGAACUCAAGAAUGUUGGUGAAGACAGACUCGCAAACUUCAACGCUUUGAAAUCAAUUAUUACGGAUAAUCAAAUUAGAAUUAAUGAAAAGAAUCAACCCAGAAGAACAGCACAGAACGUUGCAAACUUCAUUUUCGUAACUAACAACGUCUACCCUGUCAAAAUUGAA